GAUAUAGCAAUUUAAUUCCAUGAAAUCUUCACAGGUUAUAGUAGGCUUGUGGUUUGCUGCUGUGGUAGGGAGCUGGUGCAAUUUUCUGACUGUUCUGUAUGUUGGUUUUGUCGCUGCUCACACACUGCCAGUGUUAUAUGAGAGGUAUGAAGAUCAAGUUGACAGCUUUGUGUACCAGGUCAUCGAACAAAUUCGAUGUAACUAUCGGAAGUUGGAUGCUGGUGUCCUUAGCAAGAUCCCUAAGGGAAAGCUCGAUGGAAAGAAGCAUGAGUAGAAUAAUUUGGUAAAAUAACUAGGCUGUUAUGCAUUUCCCUUGUCAUUUAUUGAUGGAGGAUUAAAUUUAAAUGUGUUUCAGACCCAAAAUAGGGCAAGAAAACCAAUGUUUUCGGGUAGAUUUAAAUCAGUCUAUUGAAUUGAGGGAAUAAGCUGAUGUUUGGGCUUCAAUUUAUAUGACCGCCAUCUCCACUCGCA